UCAUGGUCAUAGAUAUUCAUGGUAAUCAAACCAUAAUGAAACGUUGUUUCAAUUUUGUUUGGCAGCUGCGUGUAUGUUUUAUUGUGAAUUAAGAUGAGCGAUUUCGAUUGUUUGGAGCCUUCAUUACAAAACGUUAUUAAUCAAAAGACGUUAAAAUGGAUAUUUGUUGGCGGAAAAGGAGGUGUUGGGAAAACAACCUGCAGUUGCAGUUUGGCAAUUCAGUUGGCCAAAACAAGAGAUACGGUGCUCAUUAUUUCAACAGAUCCAGCCCAUAACAUAUCAGAUGCAUUUGAUCAAAAAUUUACCAAGGUCCCUACCAAAAUUAAAGGAUUUGAUAACCUAUACGCAAUGGAAAUAGAUCCUAAUGUUGGUUUUAAUGAACUGCCUGAGGAAUACUUUGAAGGAGAAGCAGACACUUUAAAAAUGAGCAAAGGAAUUAUACAGGAAAUUGUUGGAGCUUUUCCUGGAAUUGAUGAGGCUAUGAGCUAUGCUGAGGUGAUGAAGUUAGUUAAAGGAAUGAAUUUUUCAGUUGUAGUUUUUGAUACUGCUCCAACAGGGCAUACUUUGAGACUAUUAUCAUUUCCUCAAGUUGUGGAAAAAGGCCUAGGCAAACUACUAAGAUUAAAGCUUCGUAUAACACCUCUUAUAAUGCAAUUAAGUAGAUUGUUGGGAUUAGCAGACUUUAAUGCCGACAUCUUUACUACGAAACUUGAAGAAAUGUUGACUAUAAUAAAACAAGUUAAUGAGCAAUUCAAGGAUGCUGAUCAAACUACUUUUGUUUGUGUAUGUAUUGCAGAAUUCCUGUCAUUGUAUGAAACAGAACGCUUAGUGCAAGAACUAACAAAAUAUAAAAUAGACACACACAAUAUAAUUGUAAACCAACUUCUCUUUAAAAAAAAAAAUGAAACCCCUUGCAAGAUGUGUGCCGCAAGAUAUAAAAUUCAAGAAAAGUAUUUAGACCAAAUCAAUGACCUUUAUGAGGAUUUUCAUAUUACUAAACUACCUUUAUUGGAAGAAGAAGUUAGAGGUGUUGAAAAAGUAAAAACCUUUUCUGAAAACCUUAUUACGCCCUACAUAGCAAAGUAGAGCAGCAUGUUUUUAAGUCAAUGGUAAAUAUUCAUUUCAGUAAUUGUCAUUAUAUAUAAUCAUUGAAAACUUUGUUUAAAUAUUAAAGAUGUCAAAUUGUGUAAGGAAACAAUAAAAACAAAUUCAAAAUA